AUGGCCUGUUCCUUUCAUCCAUUCCCAAGACUGCCCGUUGAGCUUCGGCUGCAAAUCUGGGACGCAGCAUGUCUUUCAUACAUCUUCUACGAUCCUCACAAAUCUAGGAUGCAUUACAUUGAUGUUGAGCCUAGUGCUGGCAGCAAUACGCUCUUAGCAUAUCACAGAUCCACGGUGGAUAUUGCCGAAGGAGAUGACAAAUCGGGCUGCUUGGCACACGCGCUAUGGACAGCCUGCGCAGAAUCACGGGAGGCUGUAUCAAAAUACUGGCUCAAGUAUCCUUAUGGCAAUAUGUCCCUGCCCCCUGCGAGACUCCGCAUGCGCGAGAAUGAAAAGGUUUGGGAUGCUCCUGUUUGUUCAACGAAGGAUGUCUUUUGUAUCAAGUCGAAGAGCUGGAAAUGGAGAGCUAUUGAUGGAAACAAUAAGCAAUGGCAGGUGGCCAUCCCACACUUGAGCCCUACAGGACCCCAGAACGUCUACAUCAAGAGAAUCGCGUUCGAAUUCGACCAGAGCUGGAACAUGGAUCUUCCAGGAAACUGCUACGAUUUGGCAUCUGAAAACUCUGCCCGAGGGUUCUUCUCACGGUUUUUCUACGGCGCGUUCUUCAAGUACGCUACUGAGCCUAACGUUUACCUGAUUGAAAAGUCUGGUCAUUGGACAGGCUACCUUCCCAAGGUUUACUUUAGGGAGAGCUCGUUUUGCAAGGACUACGACACAGACUAUGCCCUAGUGCAGCCGUACUAUAGAUGUUUUCGGUGUCAAGAUUGGCACGAGACCGAUGGAGCUUUUGCAAAUGUCAGAAGCUUCAUAGACAAGCUCGAGGAGCUUUGCGAGGUCUGUGAGCCGGAUCGUCCCAAUACCAAGCACGAUCACCACGUUAACUGGAAAUGGAUACGACCAGACUAUAAAUCAAGUGAUUGCAUCCGAUAUAUCGCUCGUUUGGACAAGAAAAUCGAGGAUUGUGUGGGACCCCAAGUUAACAUGAGAUUCCCGUUGCUAAUGCUUACUGGGGACGAAAUUUGGGACUCGGGGUUCAUGUAG